UCCCGUUACAGUUGUGUGAGCUCUCAGGGUGGUCCUUAUCCACAGAUAGGUGGUUUUACCCACAAGUUGUGUACGUGUCUACCAAGUUAUUUCACAACCUGAACGCAUUUUAGAUCACACUCACAUUUUGAAUUGAGUUAUAUUUUAAAUCGUGUUACACGCAACAUUUUAAUACCUACAAAAAAAAAAAACAGACAAAAAUACAUAUAUACAAUACAUUUUAAGAAGGCGUGGCAUGUUUUUAUCGCAAUCAAAAAUUCGCAGUGUUUAGAAACCAGAAUCCAGAGUGCUAUCAAUUCUUUUUAUUUUUUGGCACUGCUACUGUGAGUCAGUGUGCACUAGUGUGGGUGUGCGUGUGCAGUGUGUGUGUGUGUGUGUGUGUAAGAGAUCGUGCGCGUCUGUGCGUGCUUGUAAGUAGUGCAAAUCAUCUUCGUCCCUUUGUACGUAUUUACUAUGACAAAAAAUAAAAUUCAAAAAAAGGCCAAUGGCCAAAAGAAGGCGAUCCCUGUCAAUAGAUUAAAAAUAGUAACAAAUACAGCAACAAUGCCACCUUCCAUUUUGACGCCGCCAGCGACGCCGCCGUCAACAUCAUUUGUAAACUUAAACAACAAAAACUUAACAGCCAACAACCACAACAGCAACAAUGCUGAUUUCCAAGCCACACAGCAACGCAAGCCAUGGGAGCGCGAGUUAAUUGGCUCCUUUCUGCUAAAAAUGGCUGAGAUCCAGGUGGUGAGCGCGCGUAACAGUUGGUUCGUGGAUAAACGAACGCUGCGAAGGGAAUUCGAAAAGCAUCUGCUACGGGAGCCCAAUAGCACAGAGCUGCACGUUAAACUCUCCGUAAAUGGGGCUUAUAAUAUCGGCUCACUGCUGCAGCGUACAAACUUCUUGAUGAAUACUCCGCGCGGCGAUUCCAACUACCGCAUCAAGAGUGUAGCUCUAAUGGAGUUUCGAAGGGAGAAAUAUAAUGCCAUCGACGAGAAGCAGCGACAAACUGAUUUUGCUGCUGUCAGCAAUGUGACGGAUGCUACGCAAGAUGGUCCCAUCGCCCAAAAAUAUGUGCUGGAUGAGGAGGCCGAGUCAAUUCCAUUGAAAUAUCAAAAGACGCAAAAGCAACAUCGCGAUUUGGACUUUGAAUUAAGUUCGAUGGGUUGCUACAUUUGUCAAUGCAACUUUGAUAGCAUUGAGAAGUAUGAGGAACACAUCGAAUACCAUGGUGAUGAGUCGGACUUUGAGUCGUUGCAGAAAAUGACAAAAUAUAGCCAGCCAAUGCUGAAGCUUUCGUAUAGAACCUGCGUAGAUAGUCAUUAUUUUGGUUUUACGCUGGAGACGCAGCUAAAGGAUAUCGUGAUUGAGAAAUUUACCAUUGUGCAGUCGCGUCAGUUUUAUUACGUCUACAACAAUCGAUUGCCAUUGGAGGUGACCGAAAGUGGGCAACUGAUCUUCUUUGUCGACUCGCACGUCUUCACGAUACUGCGUGAACAGCCGAUUGUAAUUGGAUACAGUCAGCUGGUCAAUGGGCAGCGCCAUCAUUAUGUGGAACAGCACCACUUUAUGCGUACCGAUGCAUUGCCUAAGGCCAGCUUCGAUGUGAAUCCCUAUCGGCUGUCCAGCAAGAAGCUGUUUCGUGGCGGUCGGCUAGAGCCGGCUAUACCACCAAAGCCCGUGGUUACCGCACUGAAACAUAAUGCGGAGGAUGCCCAAGCUCGAUUGUCUGAAUACAACAAGGAUUAUCGAAACUUUUGUGAAUUGGGGGAGCUCACGCAAAGCAAUAUUUAUGAGACGCUGCGCACCCUUCUCCAAGUGGAGGAUAUUGAGCGGCUGCAGUGCUAUGUUGCCCUUAAGCAAUCCAAAAUGGAGCUGCAUCAGUUCGGCAAAGAGUUGUCCGUUAAAUUGCAGCCAAAUUCCAGGAACUUGAGUGCCGAGGAUAUUCUCUCGCCUGGCGAUGAUGUCCUUAUCAUCAACGAGCGUUGCACGAUUACUCCGUCAGAGACGGGCAAAGCGAACAGCAUCAGACAGCUUUUGGAUAAUAAUGGCCUUAUAUUGGAAUUAGCACUCAAAGAUUUCGAUGCGCUCAUUCAAUGGGGUCAGAAGGUCAACGAACAGUUUGGCCUACCCGAAAAGGAUCGUCGUGAGCCCCGCGUCUAUUUUGCUCGCAUCCUGGGCGUCUCGACCCAACGCGUCAAUAUCACCUGCGAUCGUCAUUUGCUAGACAACACUACGUAUACGCUGCUCUUUCGACCCGUGCGAGCCGUUCUCCGAUAUCAAUAUCGGGCUCUAGGUCAGUUAAAGCUCAGCAAUCCAGAGCACGUGGACCGUUUGCUGUUCCCACCUUCGAUUAUGCGACAACCGGUAGCCAGCGGCGCUUUGUGCUUGUAUAAUGAGAAUAUUGGACAUAAUCCGGAGCAACAGCAGGCGGUGCAGCAAAUUACAUUUUGUGAUAAGCUGCCGGCUCCUUACAUUAUCGUUGGGCCGCCCGGUACUGGCAAAACGGCUACAAUUUGUGAGGCCAUCUACCAGCUGUAUGUGCGUCGACCAGAGACCCAUAUCCUGGUCCUGGCCGGCUCCAAUACGGCCUGCGAUGAGAUCGCAUUGCGUCUACUGCGCUCCAUAUCGAAGGUGCCAAGUCAAGCGCGUCCUCUGACGCGCAUCUUUGCCGCCAGCUGCGAUAGACGCAUCGAUAAUAUUGAUGACUUGCUGUUGGAGUAUUCGAAUAUGUACGCCCUACACUUUUACCCGGACGUGCAGGCGGUGCACGAAUAUCGAAUUGUGGUGUGCACCCUUAGUCUGGCGGGCAAACUUUCGACGGGCGGCUUCGGUCGUGAUGAAGACAAACGCAGCGUAUUCACACAUGUUUUCGUCGAUGAGGCUGCUGCCUCUACCGAAGCGGAGGUGCUAAUGGGCAUUACCUGUACCGUUGCCCCAGCAACAAAUCUUAUUUUAUCUGGCGAUCAUAAGCAGCUGGGUCCGGUACUGCAAUCGCAGCGUGCCGGCGAUUGGGGUCUGGGCGUAUCUCUAUUCGAGCGUCUACUCCAGCGCGAAUGCUACCGGUUGGGCGAGAACGGUGAUUACAACGCCGUUGUACAGACACGACUGCGGCGUAACUAUCGUUCCCAUCCCGAAAUUGUUAAGCUCUACAGUGAUCUCUACUACAACAGCGAACUGACAUCGGAGGCGGAAAUCGAAAACGUUUGCAUGGCUAGAAAUUGGUUUCACUCGCCCAACGAACAUUUCCCUAUAUUGUUUCAUUCGGUUUUUGGCACGACGAUGAAUUCGCAAAGCUCGCUGAGUCUGUGCAACAAUAAGGAAAUCGAUGCAGUUAUGGACUAUGUGAAAGAUCUAAUGUACUUUGGCAUCAAUGGUGAUAAAUUGGCCCAAACGGAUAUUGGCAUCAUAUCGCCAUAUAAGAAUCAGUACCAGCGCAUCCAGGAGCAGCUCAACAUGCGCAACUGGCAUCAAAUUGAUUGUGGCUCGGUUGAACUGUUUCAGGGCAAGGAGAAGCAAAUAAUAAUUGUUUCCUUUGUGCGCUCAUUCACCGAAAAAUUAGGAUUUCUUAAUAAUAGUCGACGUUUGAACGUUUUGCUAUCACGUCCCAUGUCUUUGCUUAUCCUAAUUGGUAAUCCGCGCACGCUAAGCAAGAAUCAGGAAUUUCGUCAUAUUAUCGACAUGUGCAGGGAUCGAAAAACGCUCGUCGGCUCGCCCUAUUAUCCGGAUGAUAAUAAGAUGAAUGAGGCGAACGGCGGUGUGGCUCAAACAGUUAAUCCGACGCGUUCUGACUUCCAUCCGAACAACAAUCAUAAUACCAAUAGCAAAAAAAAUAAUCUUAAUUAUCGGCAGCAGCAACAAACGGACGAAACAGCUGAAGACACGCUGGCACAUUCAUUCAAGCGAACUAAUGUACGCAGUAAGCCCUUGUCGGCGGCUACAAAGAUUGGCUACAAUAAAGCCGAGUUGCUGUCAAUGGGCGCCCAGGCGACUCAGCAGCACAAAAAAUCGGAUCUGGACCAGCUGUUCGAUGAGCUACCCAGCGUGCCGCGUUAUGUGGACAAUGAGUCCGAAACCGUGCGCUCCAUUCGAGCAGACAUGCAGCGUAUGUCUAUUAGCCGUCCGCCCACUGCGACUGCUACCAGUAAACCAGCGACAAAGGCUGCCCAACCAAUACAACUGACUAAAACACCAACACGUACCGAAACGGCACGGCCAUCUACUGAUGGUAAAUAUGUGGUCGGCGUUGAGGCGAUCGAUGUGGCAUUCGCACCUAGUGCACCACCGGGUAGUCCAAGUCUGUCGCAUUGCAAUCAGUAUAGCUACAUACCAUCGGUAAAUUCGCACUUCGAGUCUGUCCGACUACCAAUGGAGUACACAUCUCCGCCGCCAUUCUUCGACCAAGGACGCUCUCCGCCUUAUUAUGAUUGGGCUAAUGGAGCUCCACGAUCGCAGCCACAGCCGCAGCCCAAGGAGAAGAAGAAAAGCACUUGUGUUAUAUCAUAAUUGCAUAUAUAUAUUAAGAUUAUGUUGUUUUUUCAUGAAAUAACAUAGCUACGAGGACUACACAGGACAAUCGAGUUCCUGAGUUAUCCUCUUUAGACUUUUGCUGUAUGUCGCAUGCUGCAAUCGACUGCAUACUGUCGGUCAGUCUGCAUCAGUUGCAACAUAUUUCAUGCAGCAAAAACUUAAAACGAAUUUUCAGUAUAUAAACAGCAAAUUCGCAUUGGAUGGAUUAACAGUAUUAAUGGCGUUGUGAAUGCCCACUGUUAAUUUGUCAGUUGCGAUUUUGUGUGAGUAUAUAGUGCUUUUACAUAUAUAUAUAUAUAUGUAUAUGUACAUGGGCAUGAAUCCCAAUGAAUUUCAUCCAUGUACAUAUUCACAAAAGACAAAGCUAAUUUGCUUAACAAAUUGAUUCUUUUUCGAUAUUUAUAAUUUGAAAUUUUAAAAUAAAGAAUUGUGUGUGGCUCAUUUUGCGCUCUAUUGCCAAACUAAUUCAUCCCUUUAAGAAUGAAAGGAUAAGAUACAAGAUUGCAACAUUAAAGUAUAUCAGAACUAUCCGAUAAUAACCGACAUUUAUAAUUAACCAUUUCGUAUUUUUAAUGUAAGAAAGAUGGAAAGAAAUCUGCUCUAUGUUACCCGAAAUCUGUAAUAAACUAUAUUUUUUGAGCAAACCAA